AUGCAAGCUGCUAUUCUUGCUGGAGGCCCAAUUGAAGUCACUUUCCAAGUUUAUCAAGAUUUCAUGACUUACUCUGGAGGAAUUUACAAGCACACUACUGGAAACUUUUUAGGAAACCACUGCGUUAAGGUUGUUGGCUGGGGGACACAGAAUGGAACCAACUACUGGGUUGUGGCUAACUCUUGGAAACUUCCUUGGUAUUCAAGGAUUCUUCAAUAUUGCCUUCGGACAAUGCGGAAUUGAUAG